UGCUGAGACCUACAGCGCUGAGGAAAUUUUGCAGGCCAUGGAGGCGAUGGGUUUCGUGCCGGACGACACGAUGCGAAUAGGCUCCGUCAACUUCGUCAUCCGGGCAUACGCCUACGUGCCUGCGGAAGACACAUUCCGCAAAUUAGACCCCAACAGCGAGUCCCCGGCAGUUGGGUACUUAAUAGCAACGCCCAUCCCGCGGGCUCCCUUCACAAUGGGGCUGCCAGUUUGCCUGCCUGGCGGGCAUGCCGUGGCGGCGGCAGCGGCAUGCCGCCAAGCGGGCUACCUGGCGGGGGAGCCCGUCAUCGCGGGAGAGGAAGGCACGGCCGUCCCCACGGUCAACCGCACGCGGUACUCUCGCUUCCUGCGGGACCUUACCUGCAGUGCCGGUGCGGAGACGCUAGCGGGCUGCUCUGCCACGUACGUUACGGGCGCGGUGGGGCAGUGCAAGUCCAUGGCGGCCGCGAGGUGCUUUAAUGAAGUCACCGGCCCACCCAAGGCGCGGCGGCCAUCCCCUCCACCGCCCACUCGUCGGCCGCGGCAGCCACCCCCGCCGGCGGCGCCGCUGCCACCGCCGCCGCCACGGCCGGUGCGGCGACCGCCCGUUCCACCUCCCGGUGUUCCACCGCGGGCGCCCAGGGUUCCGCGGCCGCCGCCUUCCCCUCGGCCCCCAGCUCGGCCGCCGCUGCUGCACCCCGCAGCUCGGUCCCCACCAGGGCUGCCAGCGUUGCCGCCACCCGACGGGCCGGCCACUGACGAUGGCUCGCCGCCGCCGAACCCGCUGCCGCCCCGGCGGCCGCGGCCGGCGCUGCCGCCACGGCCACGGCGCGCGGCCUCCCCGCCACCAUACACGCCGGCAGCCCCAGCCGAUGACAUGCUGAGCCUGUCAGACUUCGAGUCGGUGACCAUGCGGCGGUGGAGUGCGCAGUUCCAGGGCUGGGUGUCGCCGUGGAUCGGCGCAGUCAACCAGGUGGUCCUGUGCGGCGCGGAGGACUGCCUGCCGCUGUGCGCAGACGGCAGCGACUGGGGCGACGAAGCCGCGCGCCUGCUGUGCAGCUACCGCGGCUACAGCGGUGGCUACGCCAGUCGCACCGGGCCUUCCUGGGCGGUUACGCCGUACAUUGGCUGGCUGAGCUGUCCGGGAUCCGGAUCCAGUGGAGGCGGCGGCGCGGCUGGGCCGUUUGAAUCCAUUCUGCAGUGCAGCGCCGCCAUGGUGCUGCGGGGGCAGUGCCGCGCGCUGGCGGGCGUCGUCUGCUUUGAGCGCGAGUGGGACGUCAACCCUCCGGCAAUGCCGCAGCAGCCGCCCAGCUCCCCGGUGCAUCUGCAGCCGCCGCCGCCGCCCGUACCUCCGGCAUCACCUCCGCCGCCACCUUCCCCUUCACCGCUGCCCCCCUCGCCACCGCCUCUCCCAUUGCCACCGCCUCCGCCAUCGCGGCCUCCCAAGCGGCCUCCGCCGCGGCUUCUGUCUCCUCCCUCACCGGCUUCUCCUUCACCAUCAAUACCGCCUGCUGCGCCCACGGAGGAGCCUGACGAUGGUCACUCCCAACUGCGGGUGGUGGGCGGCAGCCGCCCCGGCGAGGGGCGUGUGGAGAUCCGCGUUGGCGGCGCGCUGGGCGUCAUUUGCAACAGCACCCGGUGGACCGCCACCGAGGCUGCGGUGGUUUGCGCCAUGCUGGGCUUCGGCACGGAGGGCGCGGAGCCCGUCAGCGUGCGGGCGCCGCCAGGGGCGCGUGUGGUGGCGGCAGGCAUCGAUUGCAGCCCCCGCGGCGGGCCCUGGGCUAGUCUGGUUGGCUUCGAUCUAGGCGAGCCUGGGUACUCCGCACCCACGGUGCCUAGUUCCAUCUUUGAGUGCACGGCUUUUGGAGUGGUGCCGCCAACAUGCCCCGGCGGCGGAGCCGCCGGCGUGCGGUGCCGCGACCCCCGGCCGCUUGCGCCAGCUCCAGCACCAGCUCAGCAGCCGACGGCGCCGCUGCCCCCGGAGUGCGAUGGAUACACGGAGCGACUGCGUGCACUGCGGGCGGCGCUGACCUCAGCAGCUGCCCCAAGCAGCAGCCCUGCCGCGCAGGCGCCGACGCCGUUGCAGGCGCAGGGCGCGCUGCUGCGUAGCCUUGCUGCGACGAAACAGGCGACAGCGCCCGACUGGCUGCUGGAGUUUGAGGAGUACCGCACAUCGCUGCCGCACGGCUCGCUGCGCCUGGUGGGCGGUCCCUCGCCGCAGUCGGGUGUGGUGCUGCUCAGCUGGUGCGGCUACAGCGGCACUCUGUCCAUGCAGCCCACACAGCACCUGGAGACGGACCUGCGUGGCCUGCGGCGGGACCCUAGCUCCGGCGCCGCCACCGGCACCAGCGCCGCCGGCUGUAGCGACGGCAGCGAGCUUGGAUCCCCCUCGCUUCUGCGUGAGCGGCCGCCACAAAAGGGGCUGGUGCCGGCAGACACCGAGGGAGGCAGCGACGAUAGUGGCGGCGGCAUCGGAGGGGGACUGGGUCAGCCCACGCCUAGGGAGCUUGUCAACACGCUGCGUGCGGCGGCGGUGUGCACCCGGCUGGGCUUCAUGUUCGGCCGGUACAAGAAGGGCAGCAAGCGCUUUGGGCAGGGGUCUGGGCUGGUAUUUGAUGCGGCGCCGGUGUGCUUCCGUGGCACCGCUAACACCACCGCCAGCCUGAUUGCGGCGGGGCAGCAAGUGCCGGGUGGGUCUGGGGCGGUGUUCCCGGGCGCCUGCCGUGACCUGGACCUGCAGCUGGAGCUGGGUGGUGCGGAUGGUGGUGCUGCUGCUGGUGGUGCUGGUGGCGGUGGCGGUGGUGACGGCCAUGUUCACGACUUGAACGUCGAGUGCUUCGACGACCCCAGAGAGCUGCAGCCGCCAGCGCACGUGCUAGCACCAGGCGACCCGCCAGAUGGGGCUCUGCGGCUCAUGGCCUAUGACGACGCCCGGCAGAUGUGGGCACCGGCUACCGGGGGCGAGGGCUUCGUGCAGGUCUGGUCAGCUGCUGCCGGCAGCUGGGGCGGCAUCUGCUCCUGGGGAUGGGACGACGCCGAUGCAGAGGUGGCGUGCCGCCAGCUGGCCUUUGGCGGCGGCGGGAGGGUGCACCCCACGCUGCGCUUCCCACUGGCUGACGGGCUAUACCGCUGGAGGGCCGUGCACUGGACCAACGUCCGGUGUGGAGAGGCAGGGAAUGCGGGCGCUGGCAGCGAUGCCGCCACAACUCUGUCGGAGUGCCAACCGGAGCGUGCAAACGCAGACACGUGCCUUUACACGGACCUCGCCACUGUGCAAUGCUUCCGAGCUGGUCAGCCGGCGCCACCACGCGUCGCCCCACCGCCGCCGGCUGUCCCUGCGACCGACGCCGCGGCUGGCUGCGCGGUGUGCCUAACCCUCGACUUUGCAGCCUCCCGCCUCCUCGCACCCAACACGCCCUUCUUCACUGGCCAGGACUGUGACCGCGCCGCCGCCGCCGUCAGCCGCCACUACGCCGCGGCGCGCGUCACUACGGCGGCGGCGGCGCGGCUGCCGCCGCUGUCGGCGCCCUUCGCCUGCGACGGCGUGGUGGGCGCUGACGCCAUCAGCGUGUGUGCACGCGUGCCGUCAUCAGACGGUGGAGGCGGCGCAAAGCUGGAUGCAUUUGCCGCGGCUGGUGCUGACGGCGGCAGCGGCGGCGGGUCGGCGGCUGUGGACCAUCAGGCAGUGGUGGGCGUGCGAGACGCCUGGCUGGCGGGGCUGUAUGCUGAGCUGGCAGUGGAGCUGCCGCUGCGGACAGCCGGCGGCGGAGAUGGAUUGUACGAAUUGGACUAUGACUAUGCGCCCACAUACCUGCGGUCGCGGCCGCGCGUGCACAUCGCCACCUGCACCGGAGCCGCCAACCCGGUGAUGGUGGAGUCCAGCACCAGUGCGGCUGAUGAUGACAACACGGACGGCCCCAUCACGCACACGCUGCUGAGCCCGCCGCCGCACGCCCCCGCCUGGCCUAGCGGCGGAACCGGGGGCGCCGGGCCGCAACCUCUCGCUGCACAGCCUCCACCAUCACCACCGUCGCCGCGUCCCGGUCCAUCACCAUCUGCGGCCGCAGGCCCGCUUACGCGCGCGUCACCCUCGCCCUCGCAUCUGGCAUUACCACCACACGUGUCUUCGUCAACACCGGUCGCCUCGCCAUCGAAAGUCCUGCCCCCUACAGCGUCGCCAUCGCAUCCCCCGUCACCACAACCCUCGCCCCGUGCCUCCGCUACCUCCCCCGUCGCCACUACCUCUGCUAUCGCCAGCCGCCUCUCCACCACCGCCUUCUCCACGGCCACCAGUCCCCAACCGGCGCCCCAGCCCCGCACCUCCAUCACCAGCGCCGCCGCCACCACCACCGCCACCACAGCCUUCCUUGCCGCAGCCGCCCUCACCUCUUGCCGUGACAAGUCGGGGGACAAGGCAGCGCCGCCACCCAACGACUGGGCUGCGCCGCCGCCUGCGCAAUGAACGGCUGUGGGAGUUCGGGUAGCAGUUGUGGUGGAACGAAUGCGCCGUGCGAGAGGGAGGCGAGGGCAGCGGAGAUGUCCUCUGCGGCGGGAUGCCGCUGCUGCUGCGUGUCGGGAUGGACAGGGAAGGUGGCUCUCCCCUUCAAGGAAAAGGUGGGCUGCGCCCACGCCGCGUCUCCGGGAUGCAAAAGUCACUCAGGCAUUUGGCGUCCGUGUGUAUGUGCGAGCUAACAGCGAUGGCGGGCGCCACAGUUACUGCCUUACUAGUAGCUGUGUGGCUGGGCGGCCUUCCGAAAAGUGCCUUGGGACUUUGGACAGAUAGAGUCAUGUGCACUGAGGUGCACUGUUGGCAAUUCGAAUUAUACGUAUCCUGUCGACUGCACGACGUCUGCUUGUACGCAAGUAUCCAGGAGGGGAAGAGCUUACGAUGUACAGGCGUUACCCCACGUUAUUAAGUGUGUGCAGGUGUGUGCUGCGUUGGGACCUUCGCCAAGCGAUUUAUGCUAGAAGAUGACUGUUAUGCAACUCGCACGAGUGACAUGUGCAGUUCAUUAGGGCUUUAGGGGAAGCGGGGGGCCUGAGGGACAGGCUGUGCGAGCGCAUCUGCUGCAGGCAGAUGCUGGCACGUCUCCUUGGUCGUAUACGUGCAGUUCUGGGCAGUUGAAGAAGCGAUUGGUCUGCGCAAGAAGCAACUUUUUGUUGCAAACACAACCGAAUGCCACCAUUGAACCUGGCAAUGCAAAUUGCUGGUGCGGCGGGCCUGUCGGGCACGUGUGGCCGGGUUUCAGAUCAUCUGC